AUGUGGAAUCCGCACAGCUAUAUUGCUCAGGCUAUUGGGUCCAAGCGCAAGGUUAUUAACUCUGUGACGCUUCCUUCGUUUUACGAGUACACUACGCGUCUUUUACUGCUUGAGAGGGAAGAAGAGCAUCUACGUUCUAAAAUGGCCCGGGAAAGAGUGGUAUGGAAAAUGUCGAGCUUCUCAUUUUGUGGCAAAGACUACACAGCGCACUACAGUAUUGAACAGGACACCGAACAGUUUGUUCAACAGCUGGGAACUACCGUAAAGGACAUUUCAGAUGCCGUGAUAAGAUGCAGGAGCACCUAUGCUGACUUCCUCGAGCAGUUGGAGACCUUUCGAAAGAUGUGCAAAGAUGAGGAGGCAGACUUUAUGUUUGCAGACAAUAUUUCUGUAGAUAAUGUCUAUACGCGAGAGGCGUAUCUGUGCCUCGAACUUAGCAGAAGUCUUUCUGUUCCUGCUACUGUAUCGAUGUUACUUAUUGAGCGAGAGAGCUUUCAUUUUGUUAUCAAAGGUGAUCUCUGUACGUUUCCUAUUGCCGCGAUGAUCGACGGUGACGGUGCACCUGUGCGUUAUGAGGGCGUCGAGUUAGGUUCUGAGACAUUUUCCACCAGCAAUGGAUUCUGCAGACAAUGUAAGGAUGUAAAUGGCUGCUGCUUCGUGACUGUUAUAUCAGAAAAGGGAAUGGGCUGUGCAGCCGCUCUUUUUUCCGCCGAGACGGUGGUGAGUGAUGGCCAUGUCGAGGCAGUACUACGAACACUGACGGAUGCAGGUGCGAUUGCCUGUUUCUCGUGUGUAUAUAAUGACGGUACUGUGUACCAGUAUGAGCAGCAGGGAAUCGAUGCUGACAGUGCUGCUAUGGCUGCGGCAACGCGGUAUGAUGCUGUUGCUCAUCGUGCUCGCGUAAUUCGUUAUAGCAGAAACGCCGAUGCAAUGCAUCUACUGAUCGAUGAUACGAAGAAAAGCGUUCCGAGAGAUGUGACAGCCUUUGAUUCAGCGUUGAAUCCGCCGACCCUUGUGGCAACGAUGCAGGCGUUCUCUGGUCGCCCGUACUUUGAAGUGGUGCACCGUGUGGCUCCCAUUGGGCUCUUAAGUGGGUCUAUGCUUCUUUCCGUCGAGCGGGACAGUCCGUUAUACAAUAAUGUGCUGAAGUGUGGGGACAAGAUUUUACUUUUUGUUUUUGCUGAUCAAGAUGUGUGGAAAAAGGGCUGUCCUCGUCAGUGGCUUGUCCCUGCGAAGUGCGACGCUUUCAAAACAAGUUCAGGCUACUUUUCUGUUCCUCGAUGCAGCGUGGUGUCUAUUGCGCUUUUGUUCAGUACAGAAAGGAGUUUUGCAGUUGGCGACAGUGCAGUAGUUUUGGGCAGUGUGACCGAUGCAACCUUAAUAGAGAAGCCCUUCUCGUUACCUCUUUCUCUGCCCUCUAUCUUGUUUCGCUACACUCCAUUUGUGUGCAAAUUUCUUCAUCGGAGGUAUGGUCCCGUUGGUUUUGUCGGUUAUUCAUUUUUUUUCUGCAGCACCACACCUCUGAUUGCUACGGCCAUGGUUUCUCUUAAUGUCACUGACAUCAUCAGUUCUGAAGCAGAUAUAGAGCCAACCGUAGAGCUGUUUUUCUUUCGAAGAGACUACGGACUGUUUCCGGAGUCUGUGUAUCCAAACUUCACUGAGGAUCUUCCGUUUCCUCUCCAUCAGUUAACGGGUGAGAAGGCAAGCGUGGUGGCAGGAAAGGUCGCUUGUCGCCUGCUUCAAAUGGGGUUGCUAGUGAGGGAGUCUAGCGUGUUUCUCGUACUUUCUGUAACUCGAGUUAUCUUUGAUGGAUCUGAAGUAUUGCAGAUUGCAUAA